GGCACGGCCGCCGCCGCUGCGGGCCGUCCGGCCGGCCCCAGGCGCCGGCCUCCGCGGGCCGAGCGCUGACGCAGCCGGCCGCCGCGGCAGUCCCGGCGCCGCCGCCGUCGCAGCAGCAGCAGCCGCAGCAGUGUGCUGAUCGCAGACGGUCGCCGAGGAACAGCAGCGAGUCGGGCCGGGCGCGGAGGGCGCUGUCGCCAGUGACGGUGCAGCCGGUGGAGAUGACGCCUCUGGGCGUGCUGCUCGGGCUGCUGCUGACGCUCGCCGCCAGACACACGACAGGCCAGGAUGUGACGACCCACGACCGGGUGGUGGUGUGCUACUUCGGCUCGUGGGCCUUCUACCGGCCCGAGGAGGGUAAAUUCACCGUGGACAACAUCGACCCGCAGCUGUGCACACACGUCGUGUACGCGUUCGCCGGUCUGGACGAGACCAGCCACAAGAUCCGAUCGCUCGACCCCAACCUCGACUUGGACGCCGGAGGAGGCCACGGUUACUACCGUAAGUUUGUCGAGCUGAAGCGUCUCAACCCGCGACUCAAGGUCACCAUUGCUGUCGGCGGCUGGAACGAAGGCUCCAAGAAGUACUCAGACAUGGCCAAGGACCCCGUCAAGCGGGCAAAGUUCAUCAACAGCACCAUCGACUUCCUCACGACGCACGGCUUCGACGGCCUGGAUCUGGACUGGGAGUACCCGGCCCGGCGGAUGGGCAUCCCCGAGGACAAGCAGAACUUCGUCAAACUCGUCGAGGAGCUGCGUGAGGCGUACGAGCCGCGCGGCUGGCUUCUGACGGCUGCCGUGGCAGCGCCUCAGUCCAUCAUCAGCGUGUCAUACGACGUGCCGAAGCUGUCCAAGCUGCUCAACUACAUCCACAUCAUGUCGUACGACUACCACGGCAAGUGGGACCAGGAGACCGGCCACAACGCGCCGCUGACCGGCGAGGAACUCAGCGUGAACGCCACGCUGAACACCUACCUGGAGCUUGGCGCCGACCCUGCCAAGCUGGUCCUUGGCGUACCUCUUUACGGGCGCACCUUCAAACUGGUCGACGUCGACCGGCACGAAGUGGGCGACCCGACCGCCGAGAAGGCCUUCAAGGGCCCCUACACGCGCGAGGACGGCUUCCUCGGCUAUAACGAGAUGUGUGAGAUGCGCGCGGCGGAGCCGAUCGCCUGGACCACGCGAUGGGAUGACGAGGCCAAGGUGCCCUACGUGUUCCACAAGAACAUGUGGGUCAGCCUCGACGACGAACAGUCCAUCACAAACAAGGUGGAGCUGGCGAUGCGGUACGAGCUGGCAGGAGCCAUGGUGUGGACACUCGACACUGACGACUUCCGUGGCAACUGCGGCACCAAGUACAAGCUGAUGCGCGCCAUCAACCACGCACUGAGCACGGCACAGCGCGGCACAGAGCCACCGCCCACCGAGCCGCCCACCACGCCCGAGCCGGAGCCGGAGCCGGAGGAGCCCAAGAGCACAGCCGCCGCCGCCGCCUGCCAUCUACCGGCGCUGCUGGCACUCACAGUUCUCAGCCUGGCCGCCAGGGGGUGAGCAGCAGAUCGGGAGACGAACUGAGGAGAACUGAGAGGUGCCCGUCCGCGGAGACUGAGAGGAGAGCAGAGGAGCGGCAGGUCACACAGCGGGCUCCGGGACGAUAGCGACCCGCGCCGCCAGAGCGGCUGUGGCUGAGCAGCGAGGGUGGCGGCUGAGCGCCGGCGCGGCGGUCGUGCCGGGGCCGCCGGCGGGGCGGCGCGUCCGCCCCUGCUGUGAUAUCGUGAUGGUGUGACAUGACGUAGUGCCUGCGGAGUGCCGGUGCCGAGCGGUCCCGGCGAGCCCACUCGACUGCCACGGGCUGACAGGGACAGUCACAGUGUAACGCUAGAGGUUAACUCGCCUGCCGAGGCUCGUUCGAUCGACGGUGUGACAGUCGAAUGACCGAGUGGAGCAUGUCGUGUGCGUGUGUCGGAGUUGAAAAUAUACUUAUCUUUCGCUUCA